AUGAGCAUGAAGCCAGAACGUUCCAUGUCUAACUGGAUACAUAGUAAUGUGGAACCGGCUGGAAGAAAUCUCUUCCAGGUCAACGGUCACCGCUCUGCUCUAUUACCGGAACUACCUCAGGAUUACCACAGAGCUUCAAGGUCAGUCAACGGAUGUGAGACUAAAAUGGACAACACCCAAGGUACCAAGGUUUUGCCGGCUGAAGAGGCAAGAAAUGAGGAAGAUGGAGGACAGGUCGAGUCGGCAUUGGGAGCCACAGCCGCAAGGGGUAGAGGAAAAGAAGCAUUAAAUGGAGAGAGUCCCGCCGCUGCUGGCACUGCAGGCCUUGUAGAGGAAGACAGGAACAAGGAAGAUGGUGGCACCAAGGGAGGUGAGAAGAAUGAGCAGGAAGUGAGGGAGCAGAUUCCUGAGCAUGUUGAAGGAGAGAGUGACCAGGCUGAAGCGCUAAGGCAGGUGCCACGACGUCGAUUGCACCAUAGAUUCACCCAGUGGCAGCUGGACGAACUGGAGAGAAUUUUCCGGAUGAAUUAUUUUCUCAGUCUAGAAGCAAGAAAACAACUGGCCCGAUGGAUGGGUGUGAAUGAAGCCAUAGUGAAGAGAUGGUUUCAGAAGAGGAGAGAAAAAUACAGGUGGUAUAAGAGGCUAUAAGGUCUCAGAAGUUCUCCUCCUGCUUCUCAGAACAUCUUUCAUGAAGACUGUGGAGGAACCCUGCAGUGCAAAUAUUACCAAGGCAACAGAGAGAAAUGAAUUGCUUUCUUCUCCUAACAAUAUGUUAUUAAACUCUUAUAUCUGAAGCGAUUAUAUUUCAAUAACAAUAUGAAUUUUCAAUAUAA